AUGCGCUUCGCUUCGAUUAUCGCGUUUGCCGCCCUUCCCGCGCUCGUUUCUGCCGACUGGCACCACCGCCACCGUUACCGCCAACCGGCGGGAUGGUUUGGCAACGGACACGGGCGCGUCGUCGAGCGCCAGGGGAUUAUAGAGUCCAUUAUAAGUGACGUCUUUAACCCUGGAGGCGGCACAUCCACCACAACGUCGGUGCCGCGCCCGUCUACCCCGAUUCAGACCCCAACGUCGUCUGCGCCACCCCAGUCGACCACGGAACGGCCACCCACGUCAAGCAACCCCCCGUCCUCUGUUAAACCGUCUUCGUCCGCCCCUCCUUCGCCUUCUUCCGAGACGAGCCAGGCACCUGAGCCCACUCCGACCACCGAGACGCCCAUGACGACUCAGGAGCAAUCCACGACUUACACUUCCGAGUCGUUGUCGUCGAGCGCCUCGCUGUCUGUCAAGUUCGUUACGCAAACGGUAAAUGGCCAGGUCGUCACCGAGGUGGCCACGCCUACCCCCAAGGAAAGCGGUGGUGGUGGUGGCAUCGGCACUGGUGCCAUUGUCGGUAUUGCUGUCGGCGCGGGCGUUGUGGUUAUUGCGAUCGUCGCUGUGAUUAUCAUGCUUGCGCGCCGCGGCCGUUCGUCGACCGACGACGAUGUCAUCCGCUGGCCCGAGCUCAACCACCACGGUGACACCGAGGUGCAGCACGCCUUACCCGUCCACCAGUCGGACAAGCACGGCCUCGGUGACCGCCGCAUGUCGCUCGGCUCGGAGCUCGACGAGCCGCAGUACCUUCAGUCUGAGAAUGAAUACCCGCAGCAGGGCGGCCUGGGCGGCUCAACGUUUGGUGCCGCAGCCGACUUUAACAACUACGACAACGAGAAGUUCAACUAUGCCCCGACCUCGCCUCAGCACCGCACCGUCUCGCCUUACGGUUACGACGAGGACAACUACACGAGCUUCCCCCCGCCCGUCCAGCCGCAGCCGAGCCCCGUGCACGGCGUCCGGCCUGACUGGGCGACUGACGGUUCGUUCUCGGACGGCCACAACGGGUACGCCACCAUGCACCGCGACAACUCGCCGCCCAUGGCUGGUGUCGGCUCGUACUUUACCUCCAGUCAGCACUCUCCGCCGCCGAUGGCGGGCGUUGGGUCUGGCUACCCUCCACAGCAGCCACACUACUAG